AUGGAUGAAUCCGAUAGCACAAAGUACAUAGAAAGCCUUCUGCAAAAUGAAAACUCCUUUUCAAGAACCAAAAGGAAACUACGAUUGAUAAUCUGUCUGGUAACUCUGUUCAGUCUCAUAGUUGCUGCAAUUAUCUCUGCUUCAAUAAUACUUAAACAAGAAACAGAGUCCAAAUCACUGUUGUUUAAUCCAACAGACGCUAUUAGAAACGUCUGUUAUCUCAUCAGCGAUGAUCCAUACUCAUGUUAUGACUCCAUUGCUGCACUUUCAGAUACCCUGAUCUCCUCCAGAGAUAAAAUUAACCUAUCUCGGAUCUUCAUCCUUUCACUUUAUGCUUCACGAAUCGAGCUUGAGAAUGUCGCUUCUUCACUUGAAAAAGCAAUACACAUGAUUGACACCAAGAGAGUUGGGGUAUUGAGGAAUUGCCAAGGAAUGGUCAAAUUAUCUCUGAAGCAACUCAAUGAAUCGGAAAUGAGUUUGGGUAUCGAUCCAGAUGAGAAAAUUUUGGCGAUUAAUAAAGUUGUUUGGGAUUUACGGCGGUGGAUGGGCGAGGCCAUGGAUCAAGUACAAAGGUGCACUGAUUUGUUGGAGGAGAUUCCGUUGACAGUUAUGGUGGAAAUAAAAGAGAAAAGCUACGCAGCCCAGCAAAACAUGAUGAAUAGCAUAGAAAUAUUGCAUAAAAAAGAAGACAAUUUCGAUCUGUUUUACCCGAGAAUUGGAUCUGCAUUAGGCUCUUUGUUUUGGGAAUUUGAAUAUGGCCUAAAUGUGUGGCUCCUUUGCUUUGGGUAUUUGCUCUUGAUUUUUCUUUUUUGCCUGUUGUUACGAAUAUAUUGA